GAAACACAAGAAAAAGCACCUGGUGCAGAGCCCCAAUUCCUACUUUAUGGACGUGAAAUGCCCAGGAUGCUACAAGAUCACCACGGUCUUUAGCCAUGCACAAACUGUAGUCUUGUGUGUUGGCUGCUCCACUGUCCUCUGUCAGUCCACAGGCGGAAAAGCAAGGCUGACAGAAGGAUGCUCCUUCAGGAGGAAGCAGCACUGAAAAGUACCUGAUUCAAGAUGAGUGGGAACCAUCCCAAUAAACACAUUUUGGAUAAAAAAAAAAAAAAA